AUGCAGCCUGUCAUUAUUGGUGUCGCUGACAUCAAAAACCGAUCUCUCGCGGUUGAAGAUGCCAAGGAGCCUGCAUCCUUGAUGCUAGAGGCUAUUGAAGCUGCUAUCAAUGAUGCAACCACCUCAGAUGAGGCCGCCCAGCUACUUCAAAAAAGCAUCGAUAGCCUCAGUGUUGUGAGGACUUGGACCUGGGAUUAUCAGGACUUACCCGGAUUGUUGGCUAGAAAGCUCGGGGUCAAUCCAAAACACCAAACAUAUAGUGAACAUGGGGGAAACAUGCCAGCAAGAUUCCUGGACGAAGCUGCUCGUCGAAUUGCGAUGGGAGAAAUAACUGUAGCAGUACUUACUGGUGGUGAAGCCCUGGCCUCUUUGGCCUCAUGCGUCAAACAUGGCAAAAUGCCACCUCCAGGCUGGACUCUCCCAGCUCAAAGUGUAACUGACGUUUUCUCCCCUACCAACAUGGAGCUUAGCAAAGAUAUUGCAGGACUUCACUCUGUGGGAUCUCCGAUCCAUGUAUAUCCACUUUAUGAAAAUGCGUUCCGAGCCCACCGUGAACAGUCACUCCAAGAAAACCACAACGAGUCAGCAGCACUUUACGCUUCAUUCAGUCAGAUUGCGUCGCAAAAUCCAUACGCCUGGAAUUACGGUGCUAGAGUCGAGAGCGCUGUGUCCAUUGGCACUGUUUCUAAAAGGAACCGCUUAAUCUGCUCUCCAUAUCCGCUCUUGAUGAAUGCUUUCAACGCUGUGAAUCUAUCAUCGGCUUGCAUAUUGACGACAUCGAAGUUCGCAACCCAGCUUCAGAUUCCACAGGACAAAUGGAUCUACCCGCUGGGUGGUGCUGGGUUCACAGAGCGUGAUCAUUUCUGGGAGAGGCCGAACUUUUUUGAAAGCACAGCAAUCUCGAAGUCUCUAGAUGCAUGUCUCGGUGCAAGUCAACUCACGCCGAAAGACAUUGAUCUCUAUGAUUUUUACUCAUGCUUCCCGAUUGUACCGAAACUUGCGUGUCAUCACCUAGGAAUGUCUAUUACAGACCCCCCAAAGCCUAUCACCCUGCUCGGCGGCCUUACUUCCUUCGGGGGAGCUGGGAAUAACUACUCUAUGCAUGCUAUCACUGAAAUGACUCGCCGGCUGCGCCAAGGCCCCAGUCGCAACGGACUCAUCCUUGCCAAUGGUGGUGUGUUAUCAUAUCAGCAUGCUAUUUGUAUCUCUUCUUCGCCCCCGGAAAAGGGGAGCCUUUAUCCCGAGAUCAAAGCUUUGCCAUCCACCGAACUAGAUCCGAUUCCCUUCUUCGACUACGAGGCAGAAGGACCGGCAACCAUUGAGAUUGGAGCAAUCCCCCGGAUGUUCUCCUUGAAAGCCAGUGCAUCAUACCGCAUUCGAUCACGACCGCUACACGCGCGUGCGACCGAGUUUCUCCAAAGCCAUGACCCUGAUCUAUCCGAAUCUCAACGGACAGUGCGGGAAGCAAUUGCCAAAAUAUGUUCGGAUUUCCCAGACAGUUACUGGGCCACAGUAGACGAGUCGCAUCGAUUUCCGACCGAGCUCUACGACGCAUUGGCACGCCAGGGCUGGUUGGGCAUUUGUCUGCCACAGCGAUACGGAGGCUCUGAGCUCGGGAUUUCCGAGGCAGCAGUGAUGAUGCAAACCGUUGCAGAGUCAGGGGGUGGAAUGACAGGUGCCUCUUCUAUCCAUAUGAAUAUCUUUGGUCUGGAGCCAGUUGCCAGGUUUGGGACAGAAGAGCAGAAAGAACGGUGGCUCACUCCACUCAUUGCGGGUCAGCAGAGGGCUUGUUUUGGAGUCACGGAGCCAAACACGGGCUUAGAUACCUUACAACUACAGGCGACAGCACGCCGAUCUGGGGAUGGGUAUAUACUGUCGGGACAAAAGGUCUGGAUUUCCACUGCCCAGAGGGCUGACAAGAUUCUCAUUCUUGUGCGCACGACACCCCGCGACCGAGUGAAAAAGCCCUCCCAAGGCCUAUCCCUGUUUUACACCGAUCUGCAAGUGCCUCAGGUCCAGAUCACGGAGAUCGCGAAGAUGGGCCGCGCUGCUGUUGACACCAACUCUCUUUUCUUCGAUGACUGGCAUGUCCCGGCGGCGGACCGUGUAGGAGAAGAAGAUGAAGGCUUUCGAAUGAUUCUUCAUGGGAUGAACGCAGAAAGGAUUUUGAUCGGUGCAGAGGCUCUCGGUCUCGGUUUUGCGGCUUUGCGUCGUGCGGCUUUAUAUUCCAAUGAGCGCUCUGUGUUCGGGCGACCGAUCGGUCAGAACCAGGGAGUCCAACACCCUCUGGCAGACAGCUGGAUGAAACUGGAAGCAGCGCGUCUGAUGAUCUACCAGGCUGCCCGUCUGUAUGAUCAAGGCUAUGUAGACGGUGAGUAUGCCAACGCAGGAAAAUACUUGGCUGCCGAAGCCGCAUUUGAAGCCUGUGAGCGCGCGAUCUUAACGCAUGGAGGGAUGGGAUAUGCGAAGGAUUACCACGUUGAGCGGUAUCUUCGAGAAGUUCUCAUUCCCCGGAUUGCGCCUGUUAGCCGGGAAAUGAUUCUCAACUACAUAGGAGAGCGUGUGCUUGGUCUCCCAAAGUCGUACUGA